AUGUCUGCAGACAAAAAGAAUCGUUAUAUUGACAAUUUUUCCAAUGUAAUUCAACUGCCAUAUCAUUUUGAAAAUGAACAACAAAGAACAGUUUUGGCCAUAUCUCGUAAUGAAGAAGUGAUUGAGCAAGCUUGGCAGAUGGGAGUAACACUUGCAGCUGGACUUGAUGUUGUUAAGCAAGUGCAGAGUGGGGAGGUAAGCUUUCAGGAUAUUCAGCACUUUAUUGCUGAAAAAGACACUUUGCCAGACCUGGUACCCAUUCGUGGGCUUAUGAAGAGACGAUUCCCAAGUGUUAUGAAUGGUGAGUACAGAAUUCAUAAUGAUUGUAUUUUACGUGUCUUAUAAGAGUCAGUAAAAUCAAGUAAAUAAAGAUGAGCACUGUAUUAUACAUCUCUCAAUUUUUUAACAUGGUAAUAUUUUUUUUAUUAUUUAUUAACAGAUCUGCUGUUUCCCACCAAGGCAGGGUAGCCCGAAAAAGAAAAACUUUCAUCAUCAUUUACUCCAUCACUGUCUUGCCAAAGGCAUGCCUACACUACAGUUAUAAAACUGCAACAUUAACACCCCUCCUUCAGAGUUCAGACACUGUACUUCCCAUUCCCACGACUCAAGUCCGGCCUGCCGGUUUCCCUGAAUCCCUUCGUAAAUGUUACCUUGCUUACACUCCAACAGCAUGUCAAGUCCUAAAAAACAUUUGUCUCCAUUUGUUCCUGUCUAACAUGCUCACACAUGCUUGCUGGAAGUCCAAGCCCCUCACACACAAAACCUCCUUUACUCCCUCCCUCCAACCUUUCCAAGGCCAACCCCUACUCUACUUUCCCUCCACUACAGAUUUGUAUACUCUCAAAGGCAUUCUGUUUUGUUGCACCCUCUACAUGUCCAAACCAUCUCAAUAACCCUCCUCAGCCCUCUGGAUAAUAUUUUUGGUAAUUCCACACCACCACCUUAUCUCCAAACUAUGGAUUCUCUGCAUUAUAUUCACACCACACAUUGCCCUCAGACAUGAGAUCUCCACUGCCUACAGCCUUUUCCUUGUUGCAACAUUCACAACCCAUACCUCACACCCAUACAUUCCCCUCUUCGCUUUCAUGGAUAAAAUUCUUUGUCUCCAGAGACUCCUCAGUGCACCACUCACCUUUUUCCCCUUGUCAAUUAUAUGAUUCACCUCAUCUUUCAUAGACCCAUCUGCUGACACAUCCACUCCCAAAUAUCUGAACACAUUCACCUCCUCCAUACUCUCCCUCCAAUCUGAUAUCCAAUCUUCCGUUACCGAAUUUUUUUUUGUUAUCCUUACUCUUUCCUAUAUUCACUUUUAACUUCCUUCUUUCACAUACCCUACCAAACUCAUCAGCCAACCUCUGCAACUUCUCUUCAGAAUCUCCCAAAUGUAUAGUGUCAUCAGCAAAGAGCAACUGUGACAACUCCCACUUUGUGUUAGAUUCUUUAUCUUUUAACCCCACACCUCUUGCCAACACCUGAGCAUAAACUUCUCUUAUUACUCCAUCUAUAAAUAUAUUGAACAACCAUGGUGGCAUCACACAUCCCUGUCUAAGACCUACUUUUACUGGGAAAUAAUCCCCCUCUUGCCUACAUACUCUAACCUGAGCCUCAAUGUCUUUGUAAAAACUUUUCACUGCUUUCAAUAACCUACCUCUUAUUCCAUACAUUUGCAACAUCUGCCACAUUGCCCCCCUAUCCUCCCUUUUCCAAAUCCAUAAAUGCAACAAAAACCUGUUUACCCUGAUCUUAAUACUUUUCACCUGUGUGUGUUGCUGCAAACACUUGGUCUAAAUACCCCCUACUUUUCCUAAAGCUUCCUUAUUCAUCUGCUAUUCUGCUCUGUCUUACUCAUAAUUCUAUCAAUAAUAACUCUACC